AUGAUCUCAGCGCUUGAGCACUAUCGUGAAACGGCUGAAGUGCUUGAAGGCUGGUGGAAGAUCAAGUGCGAGUAUAGAAAGUGUAUGCGGAAUCUCAAGUACCACAAGUUGGCAUUCGAGGAAAACCUGGAAGAGCUGCUACUUCCGCUCGUCGCCGAUGAAGACAAGCUCCAGUUGCUGCUCAAGGAGCCUGGCGGACCCGCAUGGAAGGAUCAAGAAUUGGAGGAUACGCUGAGAGAGAGAAUGCCCAAGACAUACUCGUCGUAUUCGGACACGAUUGAGAUGAUGCUAGAGACAGUGCGGGAGUUGGACGAUGCUCUGGGCAUGAGUAAAGCACACUUCCAGGCACGAGUCACGGGAGAAUAUACGGUCGAGAAGACUCCCUCCGGUACAAGAGCGGUGAUGGCACACGUGACUAGUAUCGGGAUGCAAAACAUGGAAUUCCAAGCUCAGAGAAUCAAGCUCGCUUUCAACAAAACCGGACGACAACAAUUGUUCGAGGAUUUUGGAAGUCACAACCAAAGAUUGAGAGACAUUCUUGGGUCUUCAGAUCGCCUGGCCAGUUUGAGACAAGCACGUGUCCCAAAAUCUUCUGUCAACGCUGGACUAUGGAAGUUUUGGAACCAUGGGAACACGCUCUUCAAUCUUCUAACCGAAGCAUGGUCGUGCAAAUGUCAGCCAUUCCAUCAGGCUAACCUUCUACUCCAACACCGAGCUUCGCCAACUGUCAAUUUUCGGGUCGUCUUUUGGUUCAAGAAGCAUUUGAUGGUGGGCCAGCCUUGGACUUGGCAAGAUACGAGUAUCAAGCUUCUCGAAGAGCUAUCCACGCCGGCAGUGAUCAAAUUGCAUGUUCCACCCCCCACAAAUGGUGCCAGCAAGGAUAUAGCCCCCCCAACAACCUUACCUGAAGCCCCGACUGAAGCCCUAGUUUUAAAUCCAGCUAUUUCCCCACUGAAGUCUUCUCAGAACGUCAAUGGUAAAGACGCCAACAAGUCCUAUCGGAAAUCCUUCAUGGACAAGUUUAAGCCUCACAAGACCCAGAAGUCUCUUAUAGCCCCGCCCGAGAUGCAGACACCUUCAUCUCCUGCGAAGCAAACUUCAACCUCAACAAAACCGAAACGCCCAGCUUUGACGGAGCCAGAAACGAAGCCAAAACUGAAACCAAAAGUCAAGGUAGCCUUUGUGGACAAUAUUACCCUUGAAAGCGUCGAGGACCCUACAAAUCCCAAAAUCGCCGACCUAUGCACAAAAAUCGUAAGCUGCUCCGCGGAUCUCCCCAAAUAUGGAUGCCUAAAAGGAGAGACACUCCGCUAUACCGUCCAACCACUAUGCAAAGCAGCCAAAGAACCCCAACAACAUAUCACCCUUGAAACUCUCCUUGGCUCUUCUUCCCCAGUUAACUUCACCCGCCGGCAACGGCUUCAAAUUGCUCUUAUCCUAGCUUCAUCUCAUGUACAGCUGCACCCAACGCCGUGGCUGAAAUCAAAAUGGAGCAAGAAGGAUAUCUUCUUUCUUUACGAUCCUGUAGAGCCAAAUAAAAUCUGCAUCGAUCAGCCAUACAUCUCACGCUCCCUAUCAAAAUCCCCAGCACAGCACAACAGCUUGACGCCGAAUAUAUCAGCUACUAAUACCUACAUGUUCCAAGACAGCAUUCGCAACCUGGGUAUCAUGCUUCUAGAGCUCUGCUUCGGUAGCGUAAUCGAAGAGCACAAGGGCCGGCGAAAUAUCAGCACCAAUGACGAGCAAUCGCUGCAGCUCAUCAACUACGCGGUAGCGAUUCAGUGGAGUAGGGAUGUGGUUGAGGAAGCGGGACCGGAGUAUUCUGAUGCGGUGACCUGGUGCUUGCAUAAUGUGCCUGAUAGUGGGGAUGUGGAGGGCAAGGAAGAGAGAUGGAGGGAGGAUAUGUAUGUCAAGGUUGUGGAGCCUUUGAGGUAUUGCCAUGAUCAAUUACUCGCUGUGCAGAAGGGGAUAGUAUGA